AUGUCACAGCGAACGCUCUAUUCGGUGGGCUGUCGGCUCACCCAGUGUCCAAGCUCUCCCGCCGCAUCCCUCUCCCGACAAUGCGCGCGUCACAUUUCCUCGACCAGUUCAAAACAGCGCUUUGCUUGGUUCAGAACCCGUUCCGGUCCUCACUCUGCCUCUUUGACCUCGUCACCUCAGCGGAUUUCCCGAGCGUCUCGAGGCUUCCGCCAAACCCAAGCACAGAGCCGCUUCUUGCUCGAUCGUCGAUUAGCAUUUUCAACGACGGCUGCGAACCAGAAGACGACCGUUUCUUUAAAUCCGAGGGCCGAUGAUGAUGGGAAUCCGAUGACGGUUGAGAUAUCUGCUCGUGCUGCAAAGCUAACAACUGACGACCAGCGCCUCCGAGAACUAACCGACCCUUCAUCCAAAUCUUCCAAGGCCGAACCAUACGAUCAUCUUCGCGUCACCGUCACAAGCGGCGGUUGCCAUGGCUUCCAAUACCUAAUGUCCCUCGACCCAUCCUCUAAAAUCGAUCGGGAGGAGGACACUGUUUUCGAAGCAGACUCGGAAGACGCUUCACAAACCAAUACCCCGCCAGCGGGCGAGGCGAAAGUGGUCAUGGACUCUGCAUCGUUGGAACUGCUUAAAGGCAGUACGAUCGAUUACACCGUUGAGUUGAUAGGGAGUCAGUUCAAAAUUGUGAAUAACCCGAGAGCUUCGAGUAGUUGUGGCUGUGGGACGAGCUUCGAUGUUACCGAGUGA